UCUGCUCAGGGACAUUAUUGGACAACUCGGUCUUGAUAUAAGUACUAGAUUCAUUCACCAACAGCUCUACAUAGUCGCUCAAUCACAAUGUCUUCACAAACUCCAAGCUCUGCUCAGGGACAUUAUUGGACAACUCGGUCUUGAUAUAAGUACUAGAUUCAUUCACCAUCAGCUCUACAUGGUCCCUCAAUCACAAUGUCUUCACAAACUCCAAGCUCUCUUCAUUUCGUUUUGAUCCCACUAAUGGCCUCUGGUCACCAAAUUCCCAUGGUAGACAUGGGCAAGCUUCUGUCGCAGCAUGGAGUGGCGGUCACCAUAGUCACCACGCCCGUCAAUAGCCUUAGAUUGGACCCACUUAUUACUGCUCAUAACGUCAAAUUUGGCCUAAAGAUCCAACUUCUCUCAAUCCGAUUCCCAUGCGUUGAGGCGGGCUUGCCCAAUGGCUGUGAGAACUUGGAAGACCUCCCAUCGCGCAACAUGUCACGCCACUUCUUCGAUGCAGCUAGGAUGUUGCAAAAGCCCCUUGAGAAAAUCCUCAAGGAUAUUCAGCCUCCUCCGACUUGUAUAAUCUCUGACAAGCAUCUCCCCUGGACAGUCCAAAUCGCGAGUAAGUUUCGGAUUCCUAGGAUACUUUUUGAUGGGAUGAGCUGCUUCAGUUUUGUUUGCUCUCACAACAUAAUGAUCUCGAAGGUGUACGAACAGCAAUCCGAUCUUGAGACUUUUGUGGUGCCUGGUUUGCCAGACCGAAUAGAGCUAAACCGAGCACAGUUGCCUAGCUCAUUCAACCAUGGCUCCUUGGACUUGGUCGAUUUGAGGAAAGAAAUAGUAGAAGCAGAGAAGGCUUCCUAUGGGUGGGUGAUUAACUCCUUUGAGGAUUUGGAAAAGGCCUAUGUCCAAGAAUAUAGGAAGACAAAGGGUGACAAGGUUUGGUGUGUUGGGCCAGUGUCUCUUUGCAAUGAGGGAGAUUCAGACAAGGCUCACAGAGGCAACAGGUCUUCAAUCAAUGAAGGCCAAUGCUUGAGAUGGCUUGACUCUUGGCCACCAGGCUCAGUGAUCUACGCAUGCCUAGGCUCCCUCAGUUGCCCCACAGCUCCACAACUGAUUGAACUUGGGUCAGGCCUAGAAGCAACAGGGAGGCCAUUCAUUUGGGUCAUCAGGAAAUCAGAGAUCACCACAAGUAAUGAUGAUUUGCAGGUAUGGGUCUCGGAACUUGAGGGAAGAGUCCGAGAUAGGGGACUUUUGAUAUGGGGUUGGGCCCCACAGAUGCUAAUUCUUUCCCAUCCUUCAGUCGGAGGGUUCUUGACACACUGUGGGUGGAACUCGACGUUGGAAGGGGUUUGCGCAGGCGUGCCGAUGGUCGCUUGGCCGUUGUUUGCAGAGCAAUUUUACAACGAGAGGUUUAUAGUCAAGGUGUUGGGGACUGGGGUGAGCGUAGGGGUUCGUGCGGCCAUAAAGUGGGGUGAGGAAGGGAAGGCUGCAGUGUUGGUGAAGAGAGAGGAUGUGAGGAAGAGUGUCGAGGAGGUCAUGAGCGGAGGCAGAGAAGGUGAAGAGAUGAGGAAGAGAGCAACGAGGCUUGCAGAGAUGGCCAAAAGGGCUACUGGAGGAGGAGGUUCUUCCUACCUUGAAAUCAAAGCAUUUGUGGAAGAUGUCAAGCAAGUAAGCAACAAAUUGAGGCAACAAGUGAAGGAUUCGUAGUAAAAACAAAUUGAGUUAUUUUGUAGUCAGUUUGAAAUUGCAAUGUGGUUGUUAGAGUCUUGAUUGAUCUCAUUUAAUCAGUUUUCCCAAUCGUUUUUAUGGUGUGUGCAGUCUGUUGCUUUUCUAUGUUUGUUUUAUAUAGCGUUAUGAAUUUUUCAUAAAUUCAUUUACAUUUUCAUUCGGUCUAUAUAAACUGUGAUUCUUGUAACCAUGUUUACGAAUUUUCUUUACUGGUUGAGAGAUUAUAUUUGACUGGUUGUAAUGACAAAAACUCCAUCUUUCCUCUAUAAUAUUGACCAAUAGGCAUUCCUUUUUUACUGGCACGAGAUGAUUGCAAUCAAGUCGUUUCUUUUAUUAAGU